AUGAGGACUCUGAACACCUCUACUAUGGAUGGGGCUGGGCUGGUGGUAGAGAGAGACUUCUCCUUCCGCAUCCUUACAGCCUGCUUCCUGUCUCUGCUCAUCCUGUCCACACUCCUGGGGAACACACUGGUCUGUGCCGCUGUCAUCAGGUUCCGACACCUGCGGUCCAAGGUGACCAACUUCUUUGUCAUCUCCUUGGCCGUAUCGGAUCUCUUGGUGGCUGUCUUGGUCAUGCCCUGGAAAGCGGUGGCGGAGAUUGCUGGCUUCUGGCCCUUUGGGUCCUUCUGUAACAUCUGGGUGGCCUUUGACAUCAUGUGCUCGACCGCGUCCAUCCUCAACCUCUGUGUGAUCAGCGUGGACAGGUAUUGGGCCAUCUCCAGCCCCUUCCGGUAUGAGAGGAAGAUGACCCCCAAGGCAGCCUUCAUCCUGAUCAGCGUGGCAUGGACCUUGUCUGUACUCAUCUCUUUCAUCCCAGUACAGCUCAGCUGGCACAAGGCGAAACCCACAAGCUCCUCUGAUGGCAAUGCCACUUCCCUGGGUGAGACCCUGGACAACUGUGAUUCCAGCUUAAGCAGGACAUAUGCCAUUUCAUCCUCCCUGAUAAGCUUUUAUAUCCCCGUGGCCAUCAUGAUUGUCACCUACACCAGGAUCUAUAGGAUCGCCCAGAAACAAAUACGGCGCAUCUCGGCCUUGGAGAGGGCAGCAGUCCAUGCCAAGAAUUGCCAGACCACUACAGGUAAUGGAAACCCAGUGGAGUGUUCUCAACCAGAAAGCUCCUUUAAGAUGUCCUUCAAAAGAGAAACUAAAGUUCUGAAGACUCUGUCCGUGAUCAUGGGGGUCUUUGUGUGCUGCUGGCUUCCUUUCUUCAUCUUGAACUGCAUGGUGCCCUUCUGUGGGUCUGGGGAGACCAAGCCCUUCUGCAUUGAUUCCAUCACCUUUGACGUGUUUGUGUGGUUUGGGUGGGCUAAUUCCUCCUUGAACCCCAUCAUUUAUGCCUUUAAUGCUGAUUUUCGGAAGGCAUUUUCAACUCUCUUAGGAUGCUACAGACUUUGCCCUACCACGAAUAAUGCCAUAGAGACGGUUAGCAUCAAUAACAAUGGGGCUGUGGUAUUUUCCAGCCAUCACGAGCCUCGAGGCUCCAUUUCCAAGGACUGCAAUCUGGUUUAUCUGAUCCCACAUGCAGUGGGCUCCUCCGAGGACCUGAAGAAGGAGGAGGCAGGUGGAAUGGCCAAACCCUUGGAGAAGCUGUCCCCGGCCCUAUCUGUCAUAUUGGACUACGACACCGAUGUCUCUCUAGAGAAGAUCCAGCCUAUCACACAAAACGGACAGCAUCCAACCUGA